GUAGCCUAGUAGACUGAAUAGGGGAAGUUGUGGAUAUUGAAAGAAGUUAGGUUGUCAUGUGGUAACCAGGGGAAGGCUACGAGUUAAAGAAUAGGAUAAUUUAUCUUAUGACUGAGCCAAAGGAGAAAAUGGCAGGGAGCUGGUGCUGAUCACACUGACGUCGUUGAAGUUAUCGAGUCUCCAUUUGUUUUUGAUUCAUUUUGCUAAGCUGUCUCGUGGUUUGCGCUCUCCACCCCAAUGUCCGUUUGCUAGCCGGCUACACCAUGUAGCGAAUUGUCAGCUACAGAAAUCAAGUUAGAGAGGUAAGCCAAACUAGCUAGGGAGCUCGGAAGACGGGAUAUAUUAAUAUUCACAUGUGCAAAUUGAUGCAUUGAAACAACCAUCCGCGGUUUCACUGGUGUAAUACAUUGUUUUUCUCAUAAAGUCGCUAGCAAAACUAGUUAAUUGAUCUUGUUUAGUACGGGGUGAUGGACCGGUAUAGCCUACUGCCUCCUGAUUGGAAUAGGCAUUUGCAUCUUCGUUUUGAGAAUUAGCUAACUAGCUAUCUCGAAACUUAAUACAAACACUUAAUUCAGUUAGAUAUCUUGAAGUAGUUACUUUUUAAUAAAGUCAUUAUUCCGUCUUUAGUAUGCAUUCAAAUAACUUAAUUAGGCUAUAGUUUCACGUUUCUAGCAAGCAGUAACUUUGAGUAUUUGUUUACAGGCAUUAUGUUUGAUUAUCAAAAGUCGAAGUACUCAGGGGUUGCAUUUGUUUGAACUGAGGGGCUGUGUUUCGAUGUCUAAAGUGGAUGCGUUUGGCUCAUAAAUUAACGCCUUUGCCUGAAUUGCCCGGGAAUUUAGAUUUGAUAGUCUAUGUAUGUAUGUAGCUAGCUAGCCAUUUCAUUUUAUGUGCGUAUAAUUAUUGGUAGUUAUUGCUUGUUAGUUGAUUGUACGUUUAUUUGGGGAUUUUCCCAAUCACCACUGGGUCUGUUUCAUAAUUUUUUGAUCAGGAUAGCGAGUUUCUCGAGUUUUCUGCUGUGGAAUGCAUGUAGCUUACUGUGGUUGCACAAUUCUCGUAUAACAUUAGUGUCAGUAGGUAAGAUUCUAAAGUUUGAGAAUUGGGCAGAAGCAGAAUCUCGUUUGGGAGCACCGUCGGACUAAAUUAGGCUACUGGAAAAGUUGCUUAGCGAAAAACGCGGAUUCAGCACCUCAGGUUAAAGUGCUUUAUUGGGUGUAACUGGAGGUGGACGUCUCUUUAACACUUACUGGCUUGGAAGAAGGAAGGAAAAACAAAUUGGGAAAACCUCUGUAAACAGGAAAACUAAAGAAAAUGGCCGGCGAUUGCGCCUACGAAACGCAUUAUGUUAAUGAUGACACGUUUGGCAACAAGCAAUUGUUCGGCAGAAAUCAGGAACUCACAGUAGAUGGUGUCCUGGACACAACGAAGGGUAGUAGCAAGUCGAUUAAGGCGGUUGUCUCGUCACCUUACUUUGAAAUAAUAGACGGGGUUUUGUACAGAAAAAAGUUUGAAAAGGGAUACAUCAGGUACAGGGAAGUGUUGGACAGGAAUCGACAACGCAGCGCGAUCGCGGCUUCCCACGAAGAGCCGACAGGGAAGCGACACCACCCCUUGGAUGACACCUAUAAAACUGUGGCAGAUAACUACUGGUGGGAAGGGAUGUAUUUCCAUGUCCGGGAGUAUGUUCUGGGCUGUCCACAGUGCCAGGCCCAGCAGAGGAGAGAGGAGGUCCCAGACGAGCCCCGCGUUUCCAGGACGCUCGCAUCCCACGGCAACGCUGUGCUCCUCAAGCUGAGCAGCCAGCGGGAGGCGGGGCUCUUCUGUGACAUCACCCUUAAGACCAGCAGCCGGUCCUUCCCUGCCCACCGUGCGGUUUUGGCGGCCGUCAGCGAGUACUUCCAGGAGAUCUUCGCCGAGAUGGACACUGAUGGACAGCCCACCAUAGACCUCACUGGUUUCAGGGAGGAGAGCGUCCUGCCGUUGCUGGAGUUCUCCUACACCUCCACCCUGUCGCUGAGUGCGGGGGACCUGGCGGAGGUCUCCGCCCUGGCGCAGCACUUCCGCAUGUGGCCCGCCGUGGAAGCCUGCAGGGCCAUGCAGAGCGAGCGGGGUGGGGCCACGCCCAAACCCAGUGCGGGAAGCUUCCGCGAGCAGCCGCGUCCCACGGUUACCAGCAGAGCAGACGUCUUGCACAAGAAGAGGAAUCGGGGGUGGAGUUUGGGGGUGCGGGAUUCUGUUCAGAGCGGGGAGGGCCACAUGCUUGGCUUUGAGCGGAACUGUGACUGUUCGGCCGGGCGGGGCAGAGAGUGCCACACCCCCAGCAGCCCUGUCCACCGGCUGAAGCUGAUGGACUUUAAGUCCCCCUCCAGCAAGCUGAAAACAGCCCCCCAAAACCCUCCCACUGGUACGCCUCUGUUCCAGACUCAUACAGCCCCCCAGCAGAGCCCCCUGCUCUCCUGCUCCAAGACGUGCAGGCAGAGGCUAAGCUGGCAGGAGGCAGGACCGGGGUUUGGGGCAGGGCUUGGGGUGGAGUCAGCAGGGGCAGAGCCAGCAGGGGCAGAGCAGAGUGAGGAGGAGGGGCAGAGCUCCAGGGCGCAGGAGAAGUACAGGCUGCUGAGCAUGCUGGGCCUGCAGAGGCGCAGCCUGUUGCCCCGCCCCGAGGAGCUGACUGGCUGGAGGCAGAAGAAGCGUCUGCGCAAGCCGAAGGUGAGCAGCUACGCGCUAACUGCCCCGCGCAAACCGCGAGCCCUGCCCCUCAGUAACGGACCUGCCCCACCCAGUCACACUCUCCUGCUGGCUGUGAUAAAGACUGAGCCCCCCGAGCCAAUCAGCAUGGAGGAUAUGAGGCUAGGUCAGGGCAGCGGGCGGGGCCGUGGGCGGAGCAUGGCCAGCGUGGUCACAGAACAUCGGGAACUGAGGCGUUCGGUCCGGGCCAGAAUCGCCCCUCCGUGCAACUCUCCCCCCAGGCUGCCCCCCCUGGCCCGCUGGAAGCCUGUGCGAGUGAAGCAGGAGCCUGAUGCCCCCCUGGUCUGUGCCCAGCCCCCCCCAGCACACGGCACACAGGCACGGCCGCGGGGCCGCCCACGCAAAUACCCGCCUGGCAGUGCCAGCGUGCUGCGGGUACAGAGCGGCGUUCAGCCGGGCGGCGUGAGGCCGAGGGGCCGCCCGAGACGCGGGGGGAACCCCGGGCCCCCGCACCCCCUCUCCCACGGCCUGCUCAGGGCCAUCAAAGAGGAGCCGGCCGACGCCCUGCCGGUGGCCCUGGCCACGCCCGCCCCCGUGCCUGCGGGGCGUCGCCAGCGCCUGAGCAAGCCGCCGCUCAAGCUGCUGGACCCAGGCUUUGUGUUCCCCCUCGGCAGGCCUGGUGUGGGCGUGAAGCAGGAGGAGGUGGCCCUGGACGUCUGGCAGGCGCGCCUGGGGCCCUUCGGCAGCGGCUCGGCGCCCGCCGGGACCCGCCAUUCCCUCGGCAGGCCUGGUGUGGGCGUGAAGCAGGAGGAGGUGGCCCAGGAUGUCUGGCAGGCGUGCCUGGGGCCCUUCGGCAGUGGCACGGGGCCCUCCGGGACCCGCCAUUCCCUCCGCCAAUCCCUCCGCCACGCCUCAGCCGGGCUCGGGUUCGACAGGAGGCAGAUGCAUGCUACAAAUGCAGAUACGAAGGGGCCUUCGGCACCGCCGCUGAAGAAGAGGAGGGUACGGCGCAGGCUGUUGGACAGAGGGGCCGCGGGGGCCCUUCCCAAACCUGCCCUGCUCAGGGCCAACAAGGCAAAGCGUGCGGGAGAACUACCAAAGAAUCUGCGCUCGACGCCCUCGUCGCGUCAUCAGUGGUCGGCAGCGCUGGAGUCCGGCCGCCAGGCGCGCAUGAAACGGCUGAGGGAGCGGAGAAGCCACACCCCCGUGACAUCACACACCUGCCUGCAGUGCAAGGCUGCGUAUCGGAGCUGCGAUGCCCUGAUCAUGCACCGCAUUCGCCACAUCGAGGGGAAACACUGGCCCUGCCCCCUGUGCAGUAAGACCUUUUUCCGGCAGCGGAAUGUUCAGAGCCACAUUCGCACACACGACCCAAAGCUCUACAAGUGCUCCCGCUGCAUCUCCGCACCCUGAGGUAGAUGCCAUCUGGAAUACUUUGGUUUAAGGAGGGUUUGCUUGUUAUUUUUGAAUGAAUAAAUACAAUCUAAUCAGAUCAUGGAAAUGAUAGUCAAAUGGUAGAUGCUGUUAUUCUUGUUCUGCUGACCAUUAUUUUGUAAAUCACCCAAAUAUGCUGUCUCCCUUUUACAUUUAAUAACUACUGAGGUAAAACUUGAACCACUUUGUUACUGUCUUGCUCAAGGUGUGGGCCUGUUGUAGAAAUUGUAAAUGAGCAGUAGAUAUUGGCAGUAGUUUUAAUGUAAUGAGGAAUUUCCAAUGCACUUGUACAGUCGCAUUUUCAUAAACCUAAGAAUUACUUGUUAAAGUUGGUAUGAAUUGAUUUUAGAACUGAAAAUACUUGAAGGAAAUGAACUUAUGAAUCUGUACUUAUGAAGUCAUGGCAAAUUCUUGUCUAUCAAAGGUUAUGUUUAAUGGUUUAUUUAAGGGGGAAACCUGUCUGUGUGUGACUGACACAAUUAUGACUGAACUACAGCAGUUUUGUGUUUUAUUUUUCAAAGAAAGCUGUAGUUUGUCUUUUUAUAUUUAAGAUUUACUUAAUAUUUAAUUUUAGGAGCAUUCUUGAAAUUUUACUGUUAUAGAAUUUUGUUUUAAACUGCAAUUAUGGAAGCAUCGAUUUCUGCUGAAAUGUCAACGGUCUACUGAAACAGGUGAAAAAAAGAAUAAAAUUUAAUAUUUUAAUGAAUUUGCCUUA